AUUAUUAAAAAAUAAAAUAAUAAUAAUUAGGUAAAAAAACCUUUGAUGAUGUAGUUAUGUGUUGAAUUUUGGGAAUUUAUUAGAAAUAGGGUUAAAAGCGUAAAAAACAUCUACUGAACACUAUCACUCAAUAUGGACUGGUUAAACUCAGCACUCACAGAUACCGACUCAGACGAUUCCACAAAUAAUAAUUUAAAUAUUACAGAAGAUAUUAAUAAUCAAAAUGAUAAUAAAAUUGAUAAUUUAAAUAAUGAUAAAAUUGAUAAUACUGUGGAAAAUAAUUUAAAUAAUGUGAAUAAAGUUGAAGUUUUAAAUGAGGAGAAGAAAGUUGAAGAUAAAAAGAGUGCCGGAGGCCUGUUUACAAUAAAUAAAAAACUGAGGAGAAUAGAGAAAUUUGAUAAUGUAAAGAUAAAAUCACAAGAACUAACAGAAACAGAUUUACUCGUAACCAAACCCCCGGAAACACUUGAAAAAUCCGAUUUAACGGACGCUGAACCUGCGGCAAUCCCUGACCAGCAGAAGUAUGAGGAAGGAAUUGAUUAUAACGAGGCCAUGGACAGUUUUAACAAGUCAAACAUCAACUUUGACAAAUUACUCAAGUCGUCACAGUGGCUAGGACCUAAGGUUAAAGUCACUGAUAUCAAAGCCGAUGAUCUACGACUCUCCAAAAUUGAGAAGGAGCGAAAUUACACGUGUAACAAGGACAUUUUGUAUGAGGGCGGGAAAAGGUUUAACAUGCCUACGAGACUUAUGGAAACUGAAGACGGCCACGUAAUCACCACAAACGUUGCCAGAAGAACACAAAAACGAAAACACCAAAUAAAUUGGUUGGCGAUGGAGGCGCAGGAUAAGGAGGCUGAGAUCCUGGAGCAAACAAUACACAUGAGGAAGAGUAAGCGAGAAACCCAGAUGAAGUACGGCUGGUAAUAAAUAAAACACAUUCUCACCAAAUUUAAUACAAACUUAAUACAAAUUUAAUACAAAUUUAAUUUUAAAUUUUAAUCAAAUUUUAAUAAA